CUCCUCCAAUAGACAAGCUGAACAGGUGGGGUGGAUCUCUGUCCCUGGGACAUCCUUUUGGAGCCACAGGUGUGCGUCUGGUCACUACUGCAGCCAAUAGACUUAUCAAGGAGGGAGGACAGUUUGCUCUUGUGGCAGCUUGUGCCGCCGGAGGCCAUGGUCACGCCAUGAUAGUUGAACGCUAUCCAUCUUAA